AUGGCCGAUGCUGGAGCGGAUGUGCCACCUCAGGCCAAUGCAGCCGCCGAACUUCGACCGGGCCACCUGGUGGAGGUGAAUGGCCUGGCAUCCGAAAAUGGGAAACUGCUCAAUGGCCAGAGAGGCCUUUUGUGUGAGUUUCUGGAGGCCACAGGAAGGUGGCAGGUUCGAAUCGGUGAGAAGCUUGUGAGCUUGAAGCCUGUAAAUUUGAAAAAGGCUGAGCUCUUUUCUUCGAUGCCGACUGCACCGGAACCUGUGCAACCUGAAGCUGCGGAAGCUGGCACUGAGACGGCACAGCCAGAGAGGCGCAGCCGGAGCAGAAGCAGCAGCAGUAGCAGCAGCUCUUCUUCUUCCCGGUCCAAAGAGAGGGAAGAAAAAAAGGAAGCACCUCUCAAAACGGGCGAGGAGGUGGAGAUCUUUGGCUUAAACUCGGACGCUGGCAAGGCCUUGAACGGCCAGAAGGGUGUGGUGACCGAGUACGAAGCCGACAAGGAUCGCUGGGAAGUGAUGAUUUCCCUGGAGAAGGUGGUGAGCUUGCGACCCCGGAACCUCCGGCGCUCCAAGCCGCUGCCGGGAGCGGUGAUGCCAGGGCGACCUGUAAAUGGUCCCAAGAAGACGGAGGGGUCCCUAGCCUCACUUUUGGGCAUGGGAAAGCCGAAGGACGAGAGCAACCAUGUUGAGGCGGCGAAGUCCGCGCAGUGGCAAUCUGUGUGGGCCAGGACCUCCGCUGAGGUCCGAGAGUCUUCGGUUCCUCCAGCUGCUGCGAUGAGUGCAGAGCAGAUCUCGUAUUUGCAAGGCUUUCAAAACGAGAAUGAGAAGGCCGAGCUGAAACGACGCCGGCGUGAAUCCAAGAUCCGCCGGGAGCUCGUCAUGCAAGGGAUCACAGAUGAGGACAUGGUUCUGGAGGUCAUCCAACAGCGGGAGGAAGAGCGCAGGCAGAACAUCCUUUUCCGUGGCGAGGCGGGGACACUGGGCAGGCUGGGUGCAGCAUUUUGGGGGUUCCCCUCAGUUCCCCUCCGAGAUCCUCCAAGCUGUUUGCACAUUGGAUUGGAGCGAGCCAAUCAUUUCAGGUAUGGAACUGAAGUCAUACGGCGUUUCCAUACAAUUUCCAAGACAUUCUUGUUGCAAAUCCCACUUGCCAACCGGGGUCGCACCACGAACCCCGCGGUUCGCUUCCCCUGGUGGGUUGCUGCGCUUCGGUCGAGUCGAGUCGCGUGGCCGCCGCGAAGCUUCACGCUCCCAGGUCGAUGGACCCAGGGAGACUGGUUUUGA